UCAUUAUUUCAGAUUUUCUUAAACAAAAUACAAUGCAACCGUGACAAGAAUUAAAAAAAAAUAAAAAAAUUUCCCCCAAAAUCCAAAAAAUGGAAGACGACAAAAUUAAGAUUUUGGAGGAUGAGAGUUUUAACGAGAUUUCACCUCAAGAUAAUCAGAUCUGUGAAGAGAAAAUAAGCGAAAACAAGUUUUUAAAAACUGUGACAACAGUUCUAUUCGUUUUCCUCAGUAUAUUCUCAAUGUACCUUUUCAGAGAUUAUAUUCAUGCUGUGUUGGUGUGGGUUGAACAGGAGCCGCCCUGGUUAAUAGUUUUUAUAUUCACCUUGCUCUUUACCCUGGUAUCCUUACCCCUAGCCUGGGGGUAUAUUGUUAUAAAUAUGGCAGCAGGAUAUUUGUUUGGAGUUCUGUAUGGACUCCUUGUUACCAUUGUAAGCGCUACUCUGGGCGUCGUCUUUGCACAUUAUUUGAUUAAGUUUUUUUUUUCUGGUUUUGUUCGAAAACUGAUGAACAGUUCAGAAUAUUCUAAAGCUUUGCUCACCGUUCUUUCCGGUUCUCAGGCAUUUAAACUAGUUGCUUUAAGCCGAUUAACCCCUGUUCCUCAUGGUCUCCAAAACUCCAUUUUUGCGGUCUCCAAUCUAUCCGUAUCAAAGUACGUUGUGUCAAGUAUGUUGGGUCUACUUCCAAGCCAAAUUAUUAAUGCAUAUAUUGGGUCUACACUUAGAAGUAUGGAGGAGGUUCUAUAUUCUGAAGAAACUGUAUGGAAAGGUUGGAUACUUCUAGGUGUACAACUUAUACUUAGUUUACUGGUUGGUCUCUUCAUUGUACGACGAGCAAAGAUUGAGCUGAAUGCAAGUUUGCUCACAGAAAAUGAAAGUGCUUGAAUAUCUUGUUCGAUCAGUGGUUUUUCCAUUUCAUUUAAAUGAAACAAAUCUUAAAAGAACAGUUCAUGUUUAAUCAUGAAUUCCCCUUAAAAAGAACUUUUACGCGUUCAGUGUAUGCCGUAUAACAUGGUAUAUGUCCCAAGUAAUGCACGUUGCACAUUGCAUAUCUGCAUUUUAGAAUAUAAAAACAUUUUUUAAAUAUGGGGAAAAUCCUAGAAAUGCUCCAUUAAGGUCUUCAGAGGUUUCAACUUUUGAUAAUGAGAUAGCGCUGAUCUGUAAAUUUUAACCUUAAGCGAUUCAGAUCUUAAUCAAUAAUGAACAGCUGACAUUUUCGAUUGAUCUUUCAUAGCUGGGAGAAGUUAUAAUUGUGGCUUGACGUCUGCAAUAUUUUCAGAGAUUGAUCUGGAACAAAAUAUACGGAUUUGCGCUUUUUGUAGGGAUUAACAUUCCAAAAGUUAUGACCUCUUUUCAAAAAAUUGUGAUGCAACCAGUUACAUUUGUAAUUGAAUUAAAUAUAUGAGAAAAAGCAAGCAUACUAUCUUUGUAUAAUUUUUUUAUAUUUGAAACCUUAACUAACUGUAUUUAUGUUAUUUACUUAUUUGUGAUUGUUUAUAUGUCUUAGUUGCCAUAUGAUGCCUUCUAAAUCUAUAUAUUUAUGUAAAUUAACAGAUAUUUGAGCUUUUGUGUUGAGAAUCGUUAAUCUUGAACGCUUUCAUUUGGAUUUAAAAUUGAGAACCAACGCCUGUUUAUUUACUUUAUUUAGUAUUCCUGCAGAGAUUAACCAUCACUGGAUAUCAAAGAGGAAUACAAUUAAUCCAUAAGUCUAAAUUAAAUGGAGAUCAAUGCUUAAUCCUGAGAUUCAUAACACAAACGUUCAGACUUUAGAAAAAAAUUUUAAUUAUAAUACUAUUUAUAUAUUUUUAUUUUAAUAAAUACCCACAUUUCAA